AUGUCGACAAUAACUCCCAUCGACCUCAACACCGCCAAUGGUGGUAGCCCCGUAGCCUCCUCCCCACAACUGAAAGCACAAGUUCGGGCUAACGGAGCCUACAACGGCAACACGGCCCGCUCCCCUGCUGCAGUGCAACACCCGACCCUCCAGCCGGCCGCUCACAUCGAGUCACGCUCACCAUCACAGUCGCCCCGGACCUUGCAAAGGCUAUCGCCCGAGGCGUCCCUCAAGCCACUCUCCCAACUUGCCGCAACCAACCCCGCCCUAAGCGCCAAUCCCCGAACGAAGGCUCCUCAGCGGGGCGCAACGAUCCCUCCAGUGCAACAACGUCCCACGCCCUCGUACUAUAAUUUGCCAAAUACCGGAUCGUCAUCUGGGGCGUCCUCUGGUUCUUCUCGAACCGUACGUGCAGGCGCUCGGAAGCGCGCAGGCUCCAACCCGCGCCCUCCAUCGUCAACGUCAUCCGAAGAUACGGAAACAGAUGGGGAUUCGGACUCGACGUUGAUGCCUGGCCGCAUGCGGCACCAGCACUCCAAGUCGCAGCCCGACCUCACGGCUCUGCGGUCGCGUCUCGCGGAGAGCUGGGCGAACCAGCAGCAGGAAGAACGGCGGUUGCGCGAGGAGGCCCAGGCCCAUUCGCUUCUGAGCCGGCGGCGGAGUCACGGCCGCAACACACCGCCGAUUCGUCCCAUCCCGCUCGCUGCCGCACAUCCGCACGCCCAUUCGCAUCGCCAGUCGUCGACAGGAUUUGCGAGCGCGUUGCCCCAGAGCGCACUGGGGCUGCGCCAUUCGCCGCGAGCGAGCACCGUGGCGCUCUCACAGUUGACGCCGAUAUCGAGCUCGCCGCGGACCGAGUCGAGCGCAGAUGACUCGCCAUGGAGUCUGCGCGGCAUCACCCUCCCUCACGGCGGUAUGACCGGGUCCGAGGACGCGGACGACGAUCUCGAAUCGACCGACUCACCGUCGUCAGGCUCGCUCUCGUUCUCGCCUAAACUGCGCCGGCGGCAACGCCAAAACGACAAGCGGGCUGGCUCUGGGUCAUCGGGUGGGCCUGGACCUGUCCUGGGCCUUUUCCUGGAGCCAAACUCAGCCGACGAGCGAGGUUUGCAGAGCCUCGUCGACCUGAGGCCAGAGAGCAUCGAGGCGCGCCUGCGUCGCUCCUCGCUCCUCAACUUCCGGCUGCUAGCGGUCGUGCCGGCGCUGUGGGGGAUCAGUGUGCUAACGCACGCGCUGAUCACUGGCGCGCUGUGGCACGACGUGUGGCCGUGGGGCGUCGACAUGUCGCGCGAGUCAGUUGAGAGACUCGUGCAGGGUCUGCACGUGUAUGAGGGCAUCGAACGACCAGUCCAUCGCGGCGACAUGGCACUAGCAAUUGCAUGGGCUGUGGUUACGGCGCACUUUUGCUUCUGCCUGACGACGGGAUUGACCCACCGCUGGCGCUCAUACUACUCUCUCCCAUCGACGGUCACCCGCCUCGUCUCCCUCCAAUGUCUCUGCUGGCCCGCGACCUACACGACAUUAUGGGUACUUGGCCCUCGCCGCCCGCUGCUCGCAUGGGUAGUCAUCGGCGUAACGACAGGCUGGAGCCGGACAGUCCAGAUGUGGGUAACCUCCAACGUCGUGGUCGACGACGACGGGGGCGACGUUACCCCCGGCCCUCGGCGCUCUCCGCCCCUCCGUCCACCACCACCUCCAUCACACGUGACCGGCUGGCGCAAGUUUACGUACGGCCGCCGAUGGGACUGGGACGCGGUCGCGCGUGAGGUGGGAUGGAAAGUCGGCGCGCUACUCCUCGUUACGUGUGCGUGGCUCUUCUGGAGAGUUGACGGAAUCCCGACCUUCGGGAAUGUGUAG